UCGACUCUCCACGCCAUCCCCUACGAAGAUACCACGAUCAGAUCCGACUCCCUAUCGACCCCCGGCGCUUCCUCCGUUGACUCCGAUUCCAGAUCCCGAUCCAUCAGCACCACCGGUUCGUCAUCUGCAGGCGGUGCUACUGGCCCUGGCGGCGCGGGCGACCAGCCACGGGCCUCCCCGACUUCCCCGACUUCGUCGCAUGGAAAUAAGUUCCCGGAGACAGGGCUGGCAGCAAAGGAUAACAGGACGAACCGGUCGGAGGGAGACAAUUCGGGCCUCAGCCUACGCAGUAUCCCUAGCAUUAUUGUUAACGAUGCUGCCAGUCUCCGCCCCAGUUCGCGUCCUGGCUCUCGCCCCGGUUCUCGCCCCGGCUCGCGCUGGUCGGAGCGCAAAUGGGGCGGUUUAAGGACUAGAAGGUCCGCAGAACUCGAUAGACCAACGUAUUCUGUUUGUCCUCCUUCGCCUCCGCCCCCUGUGCCUCAGAUGGAUCCUCAAUUCAGCGGUAUCUCGCUCGAUAUUCCCACCGCGUCGCUGGACGGCCUUGGGCUGCGGGCGAUGCAGUUUUCCAAGCGUGGAAGCCUUAUUAAGGAUCCAUCGCAACAAAAAUCAGGAGAAGCGCAGUCGCAACCCCAACCCCAACCCCAACCCAAACCGCAACCGCAACCGCAACAGCAGCCGCCACCACAACAGCAAGAACAGCCACAGGAUGAGGGACAAUUAGACCAAAAAAAGCCCGAACAGCCCCAAUUCCAUGGCGCCCGGCCAAGAUUGCUGAAGCCAUCGGCUUCGCUUCGUGUUAGGCGCCAAAUAAGCAUCCCAUCCCGAGCGAUUUCUGCGGACGAGGAUAUGCUGUCACGGCGUGUCAGACUGAUGUACGAAAAGGGUGAGGAAAAUGUGAGUGAUUCGGAGGUGGCCGACUCGAUGGCCAUGGAGAAUGGUGUCCUGUGGGAAGAAGCAGCGGAAACGUCUGCUUCUGACGCUCCGAGUGGUGCUGGGUCCAGACGAAUGUCGACUAUGAAGCCCGAUCGAAAGUCCAUGCUCAAGAAGGAAACCAAUGAGCUGGCAGGUGGUAUCGAGUACUGGCAGAACAUCGGAGCGGGCGAUGUCGAUAGGUACGGUUUCAUCCGUCAUCCCCAAACGAGCUCCGGCGAGACUACGGAACAGCCCAACCCGAUCCAACGAGUUGCUACGAGUCUGCUUCUUUCGUCUGAGACACCCCGGCGAAAACACUCUAUUCGACCUCCGUCGGCCCUGGCAAGCAACCGCUCCUUCACCGGACGUUCACCUACACGCAAGUUCUCUGAACCUUCGAUCCGUCCAUCCUCGUCCCAGAGUACAUACAGUUCGCCAAUGCGACGGUCGACGUCGCGAUUUCGCCACGCUGCGAACCAUCUUCCGCACAACCGCGAUCGCCGGUUCACAGAUGAGGCGGCCGACAUGCUCACGCUGCCUGUGGAGGCAGUCGGCUCUGCGAACGGAAUCGAUUCCGCCGCCGCACGCACCAUGAGGAAGAAAGAGUGGGAGCGGGAGGAUAAGUGGGCCAAGAUGGCUCGACCGUCCAAAAAAAACAAGGACGGCGGUGGCAUGAAGUUCGAGUUUGACACCCAGAGUUCGAAACUCAUCGAACGUACCUGGAAGGGUAUUCCGGAUCGAUGGCGCUCAACAGCAUGGUACUCGUUCCUCGAGGCAAGUGCCAGAAAGCGCAACGACAGUCCCAGUGAAACGGAGUUGAUGGAAGCAUAUCAUGAGUUCCAGUACGUCUCGUCGCCGGACGAUGUGCAGAUCGAUAUCGAUGUGCCACGCACCAUCACCAGCCAUAUCAUGUUCCGCAGACGCUAUCGUGGUGGACAACGGUUGUUGUUCCGUGUUCUGCAUGCCAUGUCGUUAUAUUUUCCGGAUACCGGUUACGUUCAAGGCAUGGCAGCCUUGGCUGCAACACUUCUUGCUUAUUAUGAUGAAGAGCACACUUUUAUCAUGCUUGUCCGUCUUUGGCAGCUACGAGGCCUGGAACGUCUAUACGAACAUGGCUUUUCUGGUCUAAUGGAGGCCCUUGGUGAUUUUGAACGAGAGUGGUUGGGGGGUGGUGAGGUUGCCAAUAAGUUAAACGAAGUUGGUAUCCCGCCAACGGCUUAUGGCACCCGCUGGUAUCUAACAUUAUUUAACUACUCGAUCCCCUUCCCGGCCCAACUCCGGGUCUGGGACGUUUUCAUGCUCCUUGGCGAUGCAGACCCGACACCGUCGCAUUCGGUCCUCCCGCUUAAAGGGUCCAAACAACCUCAAACGAGCACCUUUGGCAAAGGACUAGAUGUCCUUCAUGCUACUUCCGCGGCCCUCAUUGACGGCAUGCGCGAUAUUAUCCUCGAAUCGGACUUUGAGAAUUCCAUGAAGGUUCUCACCAGUUGGGUUCCGAUCAAGGAUAUCGAGCUGUUUAUGCGAGUUGCCAAAGCGGAAUGGAAAGUCCAUCAUCGGAAAAAGUUUUCAUGA